AUGCGCCUGUUCGACCCGCACGGCCCCACUCUCCGCGCCCUCAACGGCACCAACAUCCGCCUCAUGAUGGGCGUGUCGCACUCCGACCUCCGCGACCUGGCCAACUGCCCCCAGGCCGCGAGCGCGUGGGUCCGCCGCAACAUCCUCCGCUUCCCCAACGUCACCUUCCGCCAGAUCAUCGUGGGGAACGAGAUCGACCCCGCCUCGGAGCUGGGGCCCUUCGUCUUCCCGGCCAUCCAGAACGUGUACCGCGCCGUGCGCGCCGCGGGCCUGGGAGGGCAGAUCAAGGCCGCCAGGUUCAAGUGCAGCGUGAACUGGUUCAUCAGGCCGAUCGUGGAGUUCGUGACGGAGACUAACGCGCCCUUGCAUUUCAACGUCUUCCCCUUCUACGCCUACCUCAACGAUCGCAGGAACAUAAACCUCUCCUUCGCGCUCCUGCAGCCCAACAGCGGCGUGGUCCUCGGCGGCGUCUACUACGACAAUCUCUUCUACGUCAUCUACGACGCGUUCAUCGCGGCCGUGGAUAAGAUCAUCGCCCAGGCCGCAGCUCUCCCUCAAUGGAAUAGGCGAGGAGAAGAAAACUCCGGACGGACGUCAUUCGGGGUCGAGUGGUCAUGGUUCAGACGGAAGUCACCCAGGUCGUAG